AUGACUACAAGAAAGAGAAAGGCUGACGAUGAGGAGCUCGUUGCUCUUCCUUCGGAUGAGAGUGAAGAGGAAGAGGAGUAUGAAGACUCCGAUGCUGAAGCACCAGCUGCGGCAUUUGCGGCAUCUGCUGCUUCAGAUGAAGAUGAUAGCGACGAGGAUGAGGAAGAGUUAGAAGAAGACGAAGUUCAAGAAACGGCACCUCCAACUAAAAAGCGCAAAUUCGUCGCAAACGACGUGACCGAUGACAAAGAUGAAGUCGCUCCUGUCAAUGAUGAUGAAGGUGAUGAUAAUGAACUCGAUGAAGACGAACCCGCGGAUGACGGAUUAGACGAUGAAGAAGAUACCGAUCCGGAAGAGACAGUUUGUCACCCAGGACCUACAAGUAAAGCUGCUGAAGUGAAAGGCGGAAUUGUUCCCAAGGAGGAUAAUUUGGAUGAGGUUGAAGCAACGAUUGCUGAUGUUGAAGAUGAUGAGUAG